GCGGCGCCGGGAGGAGGCGGCCGCCCGCGGGUUCGUUGCUAGGGAGAGUAAGAUGGCGGCUUUGGACAGGGUCAAGGUGCUGGUGUUGGGCGACUCCGGUGUUGGAAAGUCUUCACUCGUUCAUCUCCUGUGCCAAAACCAGGUGUUGGGAAACCCGUCCUGGACAGUGGGCUGCUCAGUGGAUGUUCGAAUCCAUGACUACAAAGAAGGGACUCCAGAAGAGAAGACAUACUACAUUGAGCUGUGGGAUGUUGGAGGCUCAGUGGGCAGUGCCACUAGUGUGAAAAGCACACGAGCAGUAUUUUAUAACAUGCUGAAUGGGAUAAUUCUAGUGCAUGACUUAACCAACAAGAAAUCAUCCCAGAAUCUCUAUCGCUGGUCUUUGGAAGCACUCAACAGAGAUGUGGCUCCAACAGGAGUUCUUGUGACAAAUGGUGACUAUGACCGUGAACAGUUUGCUGAUAACCAGAUUCCACUGCUGGUAAUAGGAACAAAGCUGGAUCAGAUCCCAGAAACUAAGCGGAAUGAAGUUUUGACCAGAACAGCUUUCUUGGCUGAAGAUUUCAAUGCUGAAGAGAUAAAUUUGGAUUGUACCAAUCCUCGUUACCUGGCUGCAGGGUCAUCCAAUGCUGUCAAGCUAAGCAGGUUUUUUGAUAAGGUCAUAGAGAAGAGAUACUUCUUAAGAGAUGGCAAUCAGAUUCCUGGCUUUUCUGAAAGGAAAAGGUUUGGAGGAGGAACACUGAAGAGUCUUCAUUAUGACUGAAUGCUGAAGAAGUGGAAGAUGACUUCUCCAAGCUCCUAAUGACAUUCCCACUCCAACUGGAUGCUUAAAGACAAUAAAGCAGAGUAAAAUGAUGCUAUGCUUUGGCCACAUAGACUGCUGAAGCUGCUCUUGUUGGAAAAGACUUGGGGAAGAAUUUCCAAAAAUCGAAUUCGAAGCCUGGAAUGUUUCUUAGGAUUGCAAACUCUCUGGAUAUCUGGGAGCAUUUGGGGAAUGUGUGCAAUCAACUGAAUGCCUCUCACACACUGUUGUGGGAAGCUUUAUCAUACAUAGCACAUAUAUUCAUCUUGGAAAGAUGUCUGCAUUUUGGAAAACUUAUGGACAAUCUUUGCAAUGAAUUAAGUUUAUCUUACCUCUAAAGGAAAUAUGACACCGAGUGGGCUUCUCAUUUGCAGUAAAGUGAGCAAAACAAGUUAGCAAAAUGUAAAAAUGAAUAAGGAAUGGUCCUGAAAAUAAUAGAAUGCCUUCAUUAAAUUAGUAGUAGUGUCUCACCUGGAACACACUGUUCAGCCUUAUUCAAAAGGGAUCAGAGGAACAGGCAAAAGAGAAAAUAGAUUUAAAGCCUUGAGAAGAAAACAAGUGGUCUUAAUUCUGCUGCUUGAAUUAAAAUUGUUUACCUUGGUCAAAGUUAAUCAAUACUGCUUUUUGUCUUUUCAUAAUUGAGUAUAGUCUUCUUAAUAUUAAAUUAAAAGGCAUCUCAUUGAAAGUUGAUGGAAAAUGCAUGUUUUUAUACAGUGCUUAUUUGGAACAAAGGUGGCAUGAUCUUAUUGAGCCUGAGAGCUUAGUGGAUUCAGAAAACAUGAAAUGUAAGAAUAUCAUCUGAACCAGAUGGAAAUUUAAGACGGAUAUAAAGCCCUAUAUAAAGCAGGAUCUGGUCAUGAUUAGAAGGAAAGUUUUGUAGCUGGGAUGUUUCCUUUUCAUUUUUAGUACUAAGGAUAAAGGAGUCUUGGCAUGACC